AUACUAAGUUCUUUUUCAGGUUUUUCUACCAAAACAUUUGGAGGAGUUGGGAUGAAGAAGAGGAGGAUGAGUACGAUUAUUUUGUCAGAUGUGUUGAACCUCGAUUGAGAUUGCAUUAUGACAUUCUUGAAGACCGAGUUCCUUCAGGACUUAUUGUUGACUACCGCAAUUUGUUGUCUCAAUGUGAGGAGAGUUACAGAAAAUUUUUAAAUCUGAGGAGCAGUUUAUCAAAUUGUAACUCUGAUUCCGAGCAGGAAAAUAUCUCCAUGGUGGAAGGGUUAAAAUUGUAUUCGGAGAUGGAACAGUUGAAACAAAAGCUAAAACUCAUUGAGAAUCCUUUGUUGAGGUAUGUGUUUGGUUAUCAGAAGAAUUCUAAUAUCCAAGCAAAGGGCAUCCGUCCAAGUGGUCAGAAGGUCACCCAUGUGGUCUCCUCUACCAUGACAACUGGCCUACUGCGUGCUCUGCUCAGCGACAGGCUUUGCCAGGACCCUUAUGAGGAAGAAACAGAAAUUCAGUUCCAUAGGGAUCCAUUAUCUGCUAUAAAUGCCUGCUAUGAAGGUGACACUGUUAUUGUUUGUCCUGGCCAUUAUGUGGUACAUGGCACAUUCUCCAUUGCUGACUCCAUUGAGUUGGAAGGAUAUGGUCUUCCGGAUGAUAUUGUGAUAGAAAAGAGGGGCAAAGGUGACACUUUUGUGGAUUGCACGGGUGCAGAUAUUAAAAUCUCAUGCAUAAAAUUUGUUCAGCAUGAUGCUGUAGAAGGAAUCUUAAUCAUUCACCGUGGUAAGACUACAUUGGAAAACUGUGUACUGCAGUGUGAAACUACAGGAGUCACAGUACGAACAUCAGCAGAAUUUUUAAUGAAGAACUCGGAUUUGUAUGGUGCCAAGGGUGCUGGUAUAGAAAUAUAUCCUGGGAGCAAGUGUGUCCUGACUGACAAUGGGAUCCACCACUGCAAGGAAGGGAUCCUCAUUAAGGACUUUUUAGAUGAGCAUUAUGACAUUCCCAAAAUAUCCAUGGUGAAUAAUAUCGUACAUAAUAAUGAAGGUUAUGGUGUUGUCUUGGUGAAACCUACAAUUUUCUCUGACCUGCAAGAAAAUGCCCAAGAUGGAACUGAAGAAAGUAAAGCAUUUAAAAUUCAGACAAGUGAAGAGGCAGAUGCAACUGAAAGAGUGGAUCUAGAAGAGCUGAUUCAGUGUGCAGCUGGUAAAAUGGAGCUUUAUCCAAGAUCUGAUCUUUCUGAGCAAGUUGAGGGAAAUUGUGAAAUUAUAAAUGAACUAGUUGCUGCCUCCACACAAAAAGGCCAGAUGAAGAAGAAAAGGUUGAGUGAACUGGGGAUCACACAAGCUGAUGACAACUUAAUGUCACAGGAAAUGUUUGUUGGAAUUGUGGGGAACCAGUUCAAGUGGAAUGGGAAAGGAAGUUUUGGCACAUUUCUUUUCUGACCACAAUGAUGUAGACAGAUAGCAAAAUAUUGGAUUUUGUACAUGCUGCCCUAAGAAUCACUGCUGCCAUUGUAGUUUGCUUUGUGUGUGUAUUUUAUAUUUGAUAUAUUUGAUUGGGCUUGAGUGAAAUGUAGGUUUAUUUUUAUUUGCAGGUGUUACACAUAAAACACUCCCUCUUUUAUAAGAAAGAUCAUAAAAACAUAUAAAAUAGAAAGUAUUUAGAGACUUCUUAUCUGAAUGGUUUGCUUUCUUAAACACAUGGUUCUCUCAUAGUAAGCCUGUUACUAACUUUCUAGUGUACUUACACUUUAAUCUAGCACUUCAGAGAGGAGGAGGAAAGGAAGAGAAUGCAAGGCAAGUGCAUAAAAAUGCAAUAGGUGUCACAUGUGUAGUGUUCUUAGAGGUGUCUUUUAAUCCUACUUACAGCAACUCUGAUUUCCACACUGUAUUUGCAUAAUACUUGCCUUAACAUAAAAGCUUUUAUGAUUGGGAA